AUGUCCUUUGGUACUUUUCCAUCCUUUGCUGCUUCUCCAUUAUUGAUGCUUCAUUUGGUGCUUUUGCGUCUUUGGUGUGGUGAUACUGCUAGAUCUUCUGCCGGGCCCUUUCCACCUUCUUGUUUCUUUGUUGGUUCAUCUGACUCCUUAACUGCAUUAGCUAUUACCUUUUGUUUUGCUACCUUGUCCAACGGAUUAUUAUCAUCUGAUGAUGAGUUAAACAAUCUAUUGAAGCGUGAACAAGACUCCCAAUAUAAAUAUCCUGAUUCUAGUGAUCCUACGGUUCGCAAUCAAUUGAUGAUGAAUACCAUUUCUCAUCCGUUUAUAAAACCAAAAUUCCCUCCAAUUAUUAAUUUGCGAGAAUUAAUUACAAAGCAAGUUUCCACAGAUCCUAGUAAAAAUAAUUCGGGUCGUGCCCCGAAUGCUUUCAUCAUAUAUCGAAAAAUUUUCGUGGAGACCGCAAGAAAGGAUGGAUAUCAAUUACCAAUGACUGUCGUAUCUUUAAUGGCCUCACAAUCUUGGGAAUUGGAACCAGAUGUGGUGAAAGAAGAGUACAAAAGGUUGGCAAAGGAAGCAAAUAUUAUUAGGAAUGAGAUCAUUCCUAAAUCAAGUCGUCGAAGAAAAAGAGAAAAGUGGAAUAUUAUUUCUUUUCCGAACACUUCUACUACUUGUAAAGCUCCUAUUGUCGUUAAAUCAAAAUCAACUAUCAAAAAAAAGCAACAAAUGACGGUUAACCCGAUUAAACAAGUUGAAAUACUUUCGCCAACAUCGCCAGUUUCUCCAUUUGAAUUUGAGAGUCCAAAGAUUACCUUUGACAUCCCUUUCGAUAUUGUCUCUCCUAUAAUCGAUCGAUUUCUUGAUUCCGAUUCGGUACCUGACGAUCCCCUCCAAAAUAAUCCUCCAAACACUCGAGACAAAUUUAACCCUCAACAAUCAACCGAAUUUAACAAAGAAUCAAUAAUCGGAGAACAAAACGUGAACAAUUCAAUCGAUUCGCUUGUCAUUCAACGUGAUAAUAUCGGUUAUAUUUAUAAUGAAUUUGAGUUUGAUUCUCAAGGAUUCUCGUCGUUUAAUGAUGAUGAUACGAUUUCUUAUCCAUCUUUUUGGUCCGAAUUUUAA